AUGUUAGCGAGCAGCAGGGCGAUGUUAGCGAGUAGCGGGGCAAAGCGUUUGUUCCUCGGUAGCGAAGCAUCUCGUGUCCCACCCUUUCCCCCCCCGUCCCAACCAUUUCCCCCUUUCCGAUCCCUCUUCCUUUCCGAUCCCUUUUCCUUUCCGAUCCCUCUUCCUUUCCGAUCUCUCUUCCUUUCCGAUCCCUCCCCCUUUCCGAUCCCUCUCCCUUUCCCACUGCUUCUCUUCCCACUCUCGCCGUCCCUACUAUCCCCAUUCAUUUCCGUCCCAAUUCCCCAUUCCCUUUCCCACUCCCGUGUCUUCCCUUUCCGCCACUCCGGUCUCUCCCCUUCCCUUCCAACCGUCCUUCUCUCCCUUUCCCCCUGUCUUUCCCUCCCUUUCCCCCUGUCCUUCUCCCCCUUUCCCCCUGUCCUUCCCUUCCUUUCCCCCCUUUCCUUCUCCCCCUUUCCCCCUGUCCUUCCCUUCCUUUCCCCCCUUUCCUUCUCUCCCCUUUCCCCCUGUCCUUCCCUUCCUUUCCCCCCUUUCCUUCUCCCCCUUUCCCCCUGUCCUUUCCUUCCUUUCCCCCUGUCCUUCUCCCCCUUUCCCCCUGUCCUUCCCUUCCUUUCCCCCCUUUCCUGCUCCCCCCUUUCCCCCUGUCCUUCCCUUCUUUUCCCCCCUUUCCUUCUCCCCCUUUCCCCCUGUCCUUCCCUUCCUUUCCCCCCUUUCCUUCUCCCCCUUUCCCCCUGUCCUUCCCUUCCUUUCCACCCUUUCCUUCUCCCCCUUUCCCCCUGUCCUUUCCUUCCUUUCCCCCUGUCCUUCUCCCCCUUUCCCCCUGUCCUUCCCUUCCUUUCCCCCCUUUCCUGCUCCCCCUUUCCCCCUGUCCUUCCCUUCUUUUCCCCCCUUUCCUUCUCCCCCCCUUCCCCCUGUCCUUCCCUUCCUUUCCCCCCUUUCCUUCUCCCCCUUUCCCCCUGUCCUUCCCUUCCUUUCCCCCCUUUCCUUCUCCCCCUUUCCCCCUGUCCUUCCCUUCCUUUCCCCCCUUUCCUUCUCCCCCUUUCCCCCUGUCCUUUCCUUCCUUUCCCCCUGUCUUUCUCCCCCUUUCCCCCUGUCCUUCCCUUCCUUUCCCCCCUUUCCUGCUCCCCCUUUCCCCCUGUCCUUCCCUUCUUUUCCCCCCUUUCCUUCUCCCCCUUUCCCCCUGUCCUUCCCUUCCUUUCCCCCCUUUCCUUCUCCCCCUUUCCCCCUGUCCUUCCCUUCCUUUCCCCCCUUUCCUUCUCCCCCUUUCCCCCUGUCCUUCCCUUCUUUUCCCCCCUUUCCUUCUUCCCCUUCCCUUUCCUACUUUCCCCUCCCACCAUUAACCCUUCUCUCAGCCAUCCCUUUCCCCCCUCCCCUGUCCCUCCCCUUUCCCCUCUCCCGUCCCUUCCCUUCCCUUUCCACUAUGUUCUCUCGUCCAGCCCAGACGACAGCACCAGCUUUGCUUGGCCACUGCACCGUGCCUAUCAUAUCUCAGUUUCCAUCCGUCCUUCAAUUUCCCUACCUAAUAUUCUUCAAUAA